CGCCCUUUCUGACAAUCUCUUAUCUUCCGAGCUUGGCAUUAGCUAGUUCUUGCAGAGUCACGCUGAUUUAGUCGAAGUCGCCUGUCCGCAAACGCCAAUAUGGUUCGACACAUCGAGAAUUUGGAAGAGUUCCAAUUGGUACUGAAAGAAGCUGGGGGGAAACUUGUAGUUGUUGAUUUCACAGCAACAUGGUGUGGUCCAUGCAAAAUGAUUGCGCCUGUCUUUGAGAAACUAAGUGUAGAUAAUCCAGAUGCUGUUUUCCUGAAAGUGGAUGUUGAUGAUGCACAAGAUGUUGCGGCCCACUGUGAUGUCAAAUGCAUGCCGACCUUUCAAUUCUAUAAAAAUGGAAUAAAGGUAGAUGAAUUCAGUGGAGCGAAUCAAUCUAGCCUUAUUCAGAAAGUGGAGGCGCUGAAAUAAACAAGAUAUUCAACUAUAUCAAUUGCUACACUUACUGAAGUUUAAACUAGCAUUUCCAUAUAAAUAUGUAUAAUGUCCUUAUUGCAUUCUCAAAAGAUCAGCCACUCUAGUCCCAGUUCUGUCCAAAACAAAAAUUAUCAUGCCAUAUAAGAACAAUUCAUGAAAGAUUUUAUUAAAUGGCUUUUUUUUUUCUCUACAAUUUACUUUUUUUUUAUAUAUAUAAAUUAAUGUGGUUCAAGUGAGGACAAAAUUAAUAAGCUGUGGGGGCACAUUGCACGUUGAAUAUGUGAAUGGAGGGUGCAGUGUUGCCAUACCCUUAAAUCCUUUAGGCAAUCUGAGAACAAUUUAAAAAGCAGACCAAAUAUGAACCCUAUAUAUAUGAGGACUUCUUAUCCAGUGAAUCUGCUAAUAAAGGCUCUUUAAUUGGA